CAGCCUUAGGAGCAAUAAGAGUUAUUAUUAUCACCAUCUUAGAAAAAGGAAACAGAGCAUAGAGAGGUUAAUUGUCUUGCUCAAGGCUAUUUAUUUGGAAAAUGGCAGGCCAAGAUUUGAACCUAAGCAUUCUGGAGGCAGGCAGAGCCUUGGCCCACACUCUUAAAUAUUACAAUAUGCUGCCUCUUAAAGGAAGUAGCAUUUGAGAUGGACUUUGAACAGUAUGUAGAAUUUCCUUAGGGAUAGAUUAGUGGGAAGGGCAUUCAGAGUGAAAGUGAAUUUUAUUUGGGAAAUCAGGAAGUAGUUAGUUUUGACUUGAAUUGUUACUGAAGGGGAACAGGUUUUGCCACCCCACAAUAUGUCUCUUUAGCAUAAGGAUUAUUGUGAGCUAAAGGCAAUCAAAACCCAGCAGAUUCAGGAAAGCUCUUUUACCUCCCCCUCAACUGCCUAAAUUUACAUUGGAAAAGGGGUCUGUACCAGGAAGAGAGCUAUUACCAGAGAUACCUUUUUAUCUUAAGAAACUUAUCUGCAUAACAGAACCACCUUUGUUUUUCAAACAUCUCCUCUGCCUUCCUGUGAAUGACCUUUCUUCCCCAGAUCCCUACUCCUUUUCUUAGCUCAAGAUGUUGUAUAAUCUCAAUUACCUGGCUGCCCUUUGAAUCUUCAUAUCUUUAUGGGGCUCCCAUAUGUAUGUAAUUAAAUUUGUUUUUCUCCUGUUAAUCUGUCUUGUAUCUAUUUAGUUAUUAGACCAGCCAAAGAACCUAGAAGAGAAGAAGGGAAAAAUUUUCCACUCCUAUAGUUGACAACUACAAAGGGAGCUUCACUGGCUGGACACUGCCCGUUUCCAAGGCUACUGUAGCUGAGAGAUCCUGGGACCUCUGACAAAAGCCAGCAGAAGUGUUCCUGUGAAAGUGCUUCAUUUCCAAGGAGAUUCAUGGAAAGGACUCUGGCAAGCACAGGUUUCUGACAACUUUAAGAUCAUAAAACUGAACUGGCUAAGAAUUUCCAGAACUAUUGGAAAAACUGGGUUCAAGCAGAACAAGAAUUAAUAACAUAGGACUGAAUAAACUGAUGAGGACUUUUUGUUUGAAACAUUGCUCAUUCUUUAAUGUUUUGUUUUUCUAGAUUUAAGGAAACUUUUUUCUCUUUUCUCUUAAGCUAGCUAUGACUUACAGCAAUUUGGUAAAGUUAUACCUUUGUAAUCAAAGAUGAAACAAUUACUUUUUCUCCCUACCUGAUCCCUCUAGAAUUUGGAAACUUAAUGAACAUUCUUUAUGACAAUAUAUUUAUUUGCAUAAGUUCAAAAGAAUUGGAAACAUUGGUUCUAUUACCAAGGCUUUGACCGGAAUAUCAUGUUCAAGAGAGAUGUGCAUAGUACCAGGUAUGACCAGACAGCUUUAAGGAAGUAAUGAGCCAACAACGCCUCUUGGAAAAAGCAGCCUGGUACCUUGCUUACAAGGUUCCUGCACAGCCUAACCAGGUGAGUAAGGAAGGUCACUUCCUGGCAGGUGCAGGAACCUCAGGAUAUUUUGGGGGACCUCAAGAAGAGAGCAAUUUACCCAAAGCUAAAGGUAUUGCAGGCAGACAGCAAGUCUUUGGCUUGGCGUCCUAGCCUUGAGAGGCUUUUAAAAAUCUAAUCUAAGAUUUCUUAAGAAAAGUUUCAGCAAAGCAGAUUUAAGAGAGUCUAUAUAAUUAGUCACUAUUCUUGUUGCACUUAUGUAAAUAACCAGGCCAAAUUUAAUAAGACUAGACUUAUUUUGCAAACAAAAUUAGUUUUACUGUAAUUAUCUUUGGGAGAAAUGGGAGUGAUCACAGAAAGAAAAAUUAUGUUUCAGUAGAAACUAUAAUACACUCUUGUGGAUAUCAGAUUCUAGUUCUGUUAAUUGUAUUUGAGGUUUUGUUAUUUACCUGUAAACUGGACUGGAUCCUGAAUUCUUCUAGUUGCUUCAAACAUUUGGCUAGAAAUAUCCAAACUAACAUUUCCAAUUUUCUCCCACUUUUUUUGACUUGGAAUCAUUGAGAACUCUUUCCCUGGCUCCCUGCAAAGUGAAGCUGAACAACUUUGAUAUAAAUUUCAGAGAAAUUGCUGCAACAGCUCAUGUAUGGAUGACCCUUGAGCCUGUUGCUGUGUGGGCCACUCAGAAAGUUUACCUGAACACCUGAUGGCAUCAUCAGAGAUAUUCAAACUGCAAAAGAUGCUUCAACCCUUACAUCUAGAAAUCUUCUCUUCUCUCAACUGGUUGCCCUCUGGACUCAGAUUAGGUUUAUAGUCUGGUCCAAUCAUUAACCAUAUUUUUAUUUUGUUUCCAUAGAAAUGCCUCUUACUAAAUACCUGAUUGCUUGCUUAUGCAGUAUAGGCCUAGCUUUGGGAGCCCAUCUGCGUUAUCCACCUCCUGAAAUGAGACACAACUGUUUUAACUGAAGUGACCUAUUCUCAAGACUGAGACUGGUUCAGUGAGAUAUGGAGCAACAUAUCAACUUAGCUUCUGGAUUGUGAAAUUUCUUACUUGAGUUUCAAAGGCGGCACUGAAGGGGAGCAGGUUUUGCCACCCCAAAAUAUCUCUUUAGCAUAAGGAUUAUUUUGAACUAAAGGCAAUCAAAACCCAUCAGAUUCGGGAAAGGUCUUUUACGUCCCCCUCAACUGCCUAAAUUUACAUUGGAAAGGGGGCCUGUACCAGGAAGAGAGCAAUUACCAGAGAUACCUUUUUACCUAAGAAACUUUAUCUACAAUGUUUUUUGUUUCCAAACAUCUCCUUUGUUUUCCAAAUAUCUCCUCUCUCCUUCCUGCGAAUGGCCUUUCUUCUCUUUGUAUCCCCAGACCCCUACCCCUUUUUUAGCUCAAGAUGUUAUGUAAGCCUCAACCUAGCUGCCCUUUGAGUCUUUAUAUCUUUAUGGGGCUCCUGUAUGUACAUAAUUAAAUUUGUUUUUCUCCUGUUAAUUUGUCUUAUAUCUAUUUAGUUAUUAGACCAGCCAAAGAAUCUAGAAGGGAAGAAGGGAAAUUUUUUCUGCCCCUACCUUACAUGUGGGAAAGUAGAAGGUCUCAUGUACUCUAAACUGAAUUUUUGAAAAAAUUUGAAAGGAAUGGGAUAAUAGAUAAAAUAUUGUAAAAUAUUUUGCUAAAAGAAAGCAGAUCUCACUUCUUCAGAGGAAUAGUGUUCCUCUGUGUUAAUUUGUUUUUCUAGUUUAGACUUCUAUAUUGCUGUCAAGUUUUAUAAAAUAAAAUAAAGGAGUGUAUUUUAUAGUACUUAAUUAAUUGUAUAUUUGACAACCCCUCUAUGUUAGGCAAUACUGCCUGUGAACACUAAAUAAAUAUGAAAUAAUAGGGACAAUUUUUAGCUCCUUAUUUUAUAUGAUUUUUUUUCUUGUGACUUUUGAAGUUCAGGUAAUUUCAGACCAUGAAUCACUGCAUAAUUUAAUUUAUGACACCCUUCUCCUAGAAAAUUCCAUGUACACUCAUAUGUAUGCCAUUAAAAUAGAAAAAAUUAUUACUACUAAAUUCUCAUAAAUUGCGGUAUCUUUGGGAUCACAUUCUGAAGUACUGAGGUCAAUGUAAUUAUGGUAAUAUUGAAUGGUGGUCAUUUUUUAUUAUAACAAAUGAGUUUUACUGUUAGCACAUCGGGAGUCAGCAUGUAGAUUCAGUCUUGUGAAAAGACGAGCAUUGUUCAACCAUGAGAAAUGAUAAUAGUAGUAAUUAAAGUCCUGAGUUAACUCUUAGGCAGAUUUGUAUUGCAAGAAUACAAAAAGGAUUGUUGUGGUUCAAAAAUGGAGAACUAAAGAGUUGGUGGUCUGAGAAUGAAGAAGGAGAGAGAAGAAUUUGGAGACUGUAUUUGGGUUAGGAUUCCAUUUCCCUUACCAGUAGAUAAGAUUAUUGUCUAUGGAGAAACAGGCAUGUUUAUAGAAGACUGGUAAAGUUUUUUGUGCUUUUGAUUUCCUCUUCACAGUUUUGAAGAAGUACAUGGAAAAUACUUAUAAGAAAAAAGCGAUCUUCAGUAAACGGGAAGGUCUUCCAUGUAUUGCACCACUACUAACCACGGUGGAGGAGACUCCACAGAUCAUCUCUGCUCAAGUUCGAGGACAUUUUCCUAAGUGGCUCAAUGGCUAUCUACUUCGAAUUGGACCUGGGAAAUUUGAGUUUGGGAAGGAUAAGUACAAUCACUGGUUUGAUGGAAUGGCUUUGCUUCACCAGUUCAGGAUGGAGAAGGGCACAGUAACAUAUAGGAGCAAGUUUCUACAGAGUGAUACAUAUAAGGCCAACAGUGUUAAUGAUCGAAUUGUGGUCUCAGAAUUUGGCACACUGGCUCUCCCCGAUCCAUGCAAGAGUAUUUUUGAACGUUUUAUGUCAAAGUUUGAACAGACUGCAAUAACUGACAACACCAAUGUCAACUAUGUGCGGUACAAGGGUGAUUACUACCUUAGUACUGAGACCAACUUUAUGAAUAAAGUGGACACUGAAACCUUGGAAAAAACAGAAAAGGUAGACUGGAGCAAAUUUAUUGCUGUGAAUGGAGCAACUGCACAUCCUCAUUAUGACCCAGAUGGAACAGCAUACAACAUGGGAAACUCCUAUGGGCGACGCGGUUCUUGCUAUAAUGUUAUUCGAGUUCCUCCAGAGAAGGUGGACCUUGGAGAGACUAUCCAUGGAGCCCAGGUGAUAUGUUCUAUUGCCUCUGCAGAGAGGAUGAAAUCUUCUUACUACCAUAGCUUUGGAAUGACAAGAAACUAUAUAGUCUUCAUUGAACAGCCUCUAAAGAUGAAUCUGUGGAAAAUCAUCACUUCCAAAAUUCGGGGAAAGGCCUUUUCAGAUGGAAUAAGCUGGGAACCCGAGUACAAUACACGAUUUCACGUGGUGGAUAAGCACACUGGACAGCUUCUUCCAGGGAUGUACUACAGUAAACCUUUUAUUACUUUUCAUCAAAUCAAUGCCUUUGAGGACCAGGGCUGUGUUGUAAUUGAUUUGUGCUGUCAAGAUAAUGGAGAAAACCUAGAAGUCUACCAACUACAGAAUCUUAGGAAAGCUGGGGAAGGGCUCGAUCAGGUCUAUAAUUCAGUAGCCAAAUCUUUCCCUCGAAGAUUUAUUUUGCCUUUACAUGUCAGUUUGAAUGCCCCUGAGGGAGUGAAUCUCAGCCCAUUGUCCUAUUCUUCAGCCAGUGCUGUGAAACAGCCUGACGGAAAGAUUUGGUGCUCUUAUGAAAAUCUACAUCCCGAGGACCUAGAGGAGGAAGGAGGUAUUGAAUUUCCCCAGAUCAACUAUGGCCAAUUCAGCGGCAAAAAGUAUCAUUUCUUCUAUGGCUGUGGCUUUCGACAUUUGGUGGGGGAUUCUCUGAUCAAGGUUGAUGUGGUGAACAAGACACUGAAGGUUUGGAGAGAAGAUGGCUUUUAUCCCUCGGAACCUGUUUUUGUUCCUGUACCAGGAGCCAGUGAAGAAGACGGUGGGGUCAUUCUCUCUGUGGUGAUCACCCCCAACCAGAAUGAAAGCAAUUUUCUCCUAGUCUUGGAUGCCAAGAACUUUGAAGAACUGGGCCGAGCAGAGGUGCCUGUGCGAAUGCCUUAUGGGUUCCAUGGCACCUUUGUAACCAUCUGAUGGAACAACCACAACGUCUGGGAGCUAAGUUCAAAAUGAAUGUGCUCUGUACAGAAGAGAGAGCAAAAGGGGCACUUUACCUUCCAAACCAUAGACAUCUGGUUUUUAAAUUUCUAUUAAAAAUAGAAUUCAUGAG